ACGAGGGCACUUACUGAAGAAUAAACUAUCUUUAGAUUUGAUCACAUUCGAUUAUGAGAAGUUUUUUACAAAGAUGAUUCAGGACAAGAAGGAUGACCACACGUACAGGAAUUUUAAGACAAUAAACCGGAACGCUGCGUUUUUCCCAAUGGCGGAAAACUGCUCCUCAGAUUUCAGGGGCGAUGUGUCCGUGUGGUGCAGUAAUGAUUAUUUAGGAAUGAGUCAGCACCCAAAGGUUAUCCAGGCUGUCAUGGAGACACUAAGAAGACACGGCGCUGGUGCUGGAGGGACAAGAAAUAUUUCCGGAACCAGCGAGUUUCACGUGGAUCUUGAGCGUGAGUUGGCAGAUCUACACGACAAAGAAGCGGCUCUGCUAUUCACCUCCUGUUUUGUGGCAAACGACUCCACUUUAUUUACUUUAGCCAAGAUGCUUCCAGGCUGUGAAAUCUACUCUGACGCUGGGAACCACGCCUCGAUGAUCCAGGGCAUAAGAAACAGUCGUGUCAAGAAGUUUGUUUUCCGUCACAAUGAUGUCAACCAUUUACAAGAGCUUCUGGAGAGAUCUGACCCCAACACUCCUAAAAUCGUGGCCUUUGAGACAGUUCAUUCAAUGGAUGGAGCUGUGUGCCCUCUAGAGGAGCUGUGUGAUAUUGCACAUCGCCAUGGCGCCCUGACGUUUGUGGAUGAGGUUCACGCUGUGGGUUUGUACGGGCCCAGAGGAGGAGGCAUCGGAGAAAGAGACAGAGUCAUGCACAAAAUGGACAUCAUCUCUGGGACACUUGGCAAGGCUUUUGGCUGCGUGGGCGGCUACAUCGCUAGCACCGCCGCUCUGGUUGACACGGUCCGGUCGUACGCUGCAGGUUUCAUCUUCACCACUUCGCUCCCGCCCAUGGUACUGGCCGGAGCGAAGGAGUCCGUGAGGAUCCUGAAGACGGAGGAAGGCCGAGUGCUGAGGCGCAGACAUCAGAGGAACGUCGCUCUGCUCCGACAGCUGUUGAUGGAUUCCGGUCUUCCUGUGGUCCACUGCCCGAGCCACAUCGUCCCCGUCAGAGUGGCGGAUCCAAGGAAGAACACGGCAAUCUGUGAUAUCAUGAUGUCUCGGUACAAUAUUUAUGUUCAAGCCAUUAACUACCCAACUGUAUCCAGAGGAGAGGAGCUGCUCCGCGUCGCCCCCACGCCACAUCACACUCCACAAAUGAUCCACCACUUUGUCGAUAGUUUGGUGAAGACGUGGAGAGGGGUGGGCCUGUCCUUUGCCCCUCACUCGUCGGCUGAGUGCUCGUUCUGCCAGCAGCCUCUUCAUUUUGACCUCAUGAGUGAAUGGGAAAAGUCACACUUCACAGGCCUGUGUCAAAGGUCACCCGCAGCAGCGUGAC